CCGCCCACCGCGGCCGCCCGCUCCCUCUGUGGUCCAGAGUCCCGGAGACGGGCUCAGCUCGGUGGCAUGGAGGGUGGCGGCGGCCUGGGGCGCGCCGUGUGCGUGCUGACCGGGGCCUCCCGCGGCUUCGGCCGGGCGCUGGCCCCGCUGCUGGCUCGGCUGCUUGCGCCGGGCUCCUUGCUAGUCCUAAACGCCCGCAACGACGAGGCGCUGCGGCAGCUGGAGGUCGAGCUGAGCGCCGGGCGGCCCGGCCUGCGCAUAAUGCGGGUGCCUGCUGACCUGGGCGCCGAGGCCGGCCUGCAGCAGCUGCUCGGCGCCCUCCGCGAGCUUCCCAGGCCCGAGGGGCUGCAGCGGCUGCUGCUCAUCAACAACGCGGGCACUCUUGGAGAUGUGUCCAAAAACUUCGUGAACCUGAGUGACCCAGCUGAAGUGAACGGCUACUGGGCCCUGAACUUGACCUCCAUGCUCUGCCUGACCUCCUGCAUCCUGAAGGCGUUUCCCGCCAGUCCUGGCCUCAGCAGGACUGUGGUGAACAUCUCGUCGCUGUGUGCCCUGCAGCCCUUCAAGGGCUGGGCGCUGUACUGUGCAGGGAAGGCUGCCCGGGACAUGAUGUUCCAGGUGCUGGCUGUAGAGGAGCCCAGCGUCAGGGUGCUGAGCUAUGCCCCAGGUCCACUGGACACGGAUAUGCAGCAGUUGGCCCGGGAGACCUCCGUGGACCCAGACUUGCGAAAGAGGCUGCAGGAGCUGAAGGCAAGGGGGGAACUCGUGGACUGCAAGGAGUCAGCCCAGAAACUGCUCAGCCUGCUGCAAAAAGACACCUUCAAGUCUGGAGCCCACGUGGACUUCUACGAUAAGUGAGCCCAUGUCCUGGGCUUCCUGGGCCUUUGUGCCUCCACACGGAGCAGGCACAGCCAGGCUGCCCCUGUCCUGCCACACUGCCCUGCACCCCUGCCUUCACCGAUAAGCCCUCGUGCCUCCCGUCCUGCUCGCGGACACGGCCAGCUGGGAGGCCCUCGGCGUGGCUGCCGUUAUCAGCUGUCAGGAGGCUGUGUUGUGUUCAGGAAGCUCCUGCAGGAGACUUCGGGGAGAGGGGAUGCAUGUUGGCGUUCUCCGUCCCCAAGAAGAGAAUUUUAGGGAUAGAACAGGAAAAGAAACAGAAACACUAAAUGGAAGAAGUAGGGACUCCUGCCCAUGGCCAGUCCACAGGGAGUGAUCUGGUGUCAAAAAGGAGGCCUUGAGUAGAUUCACAGAUGGCGCACGAGGAGGGAAGAUGGUGCAGGUUCCCGUCCACAUGGCUGCCCCUGCUCAGGGUAACAGGACCCAUCCAGAACCUCAUGUCCUCAUCCUGAUGCCUCCUCCUGCCUCCAGAAUGCACCCACACCCCCCAGCUGAGAGUCUGUGUCCCUGAUAAAGACAGAAUAAAUUGCAGACUGUC